CACACACACCCCACGACCACCACUGGCAACCGAAGACACAGAUCUACAACAACACUAGCUCACUUUACCCGAAAAUCCCGUACCGUACUCGGUGUAUACGCAUACAGCAAAGCAUACUGCAUGGUACACGGAAUUGUUCUAGAAUAUCGCGUACUCCCCCCAGCCGAGCCCCACCCAUCCACCCACACUGCACCACACCAUAACAUAUGCAGCUCGCGCUGGCUAAACUACAAAUACGAACAGUCGUCCCAAUGCGUAGAUUGCCCUAACAAGAAUAGUGUAGCGUUUAGGAUGCAACUUCAGCUAAUGUCUGUGUUUUGCUGUUCUUGGAUGGGGUGAGUAUGCCUUGCUUGUUUUUAUCAAGUUUGGAGACUGGGCGUAACUGCGUGACUUGCUUUCAUCCACCUUCCUGAAUGGGUAUGGUAUGAGUUUUGAAGGCAAUUUGCUGUAGCUGGCUCAGCUGCCAGCAUCGUUGUUGUUUACUCGCCCUUGAGAACUUUUGAACUUGGGAGAUGCAUGUUGUGUAGAAUGAGAACAUUGAGGUUUUUACAAUGGAUCCACUUGAUGUAGACGGAGUCCAUUAAGCAAGGCCCUAAACUCGAUGAAGUCUAGCAAGCCGUUCAUGACAUCGUCGGAUCCCCACACCCCCAGCUCAACGGCUGUACAAUUUCACACAAACAGUUCAAUUCAUUCCAUCGAAAGCAAAAAAAUCUACCCCAAGAAUCAUCACAAUAACGACUACCAUUAAAGUACGGUGAAAAUGCCAAUGUACAUCACCCCAGAUACAGCGACGACCACGCGCAAAGACUUCACGGAAUUCUACACAAAUUGGCCGCUCCCAACCACCGCAACCGACCAAUACAAGCGCCUCUUCCAAUCGCACCAGCAAAUGAUGAAGCUCCUCUGCGAUCAUCCCGCCAUGGAUCAGAACCGUCAGCAAACAUACAGCACACCCGCUAAUUCUAAAAACAAGGUAUAUUUCAUGUGGGAUUUUGUAGGCCGCACAUUCGCCAUCUUAUCCAACGCCCAGAACGUGGAUCCCGCGGAUCCAAAGGGGAAGGAAUGGGUUGAUUGCAUAGGCCGCGGAUGUCUGGCUCAUACGCUAAUUCUCGACACGUCGGGAAAACUGGAGCAAGGAAAUUUGAACGCGGGAUAUAGUGAUGAUGCGGGUGUGGAGUUUUCGGAGGAGAUCAAGGCGCUCGCUCCUAAGUUGAGCGGUGAGGCUUGA